UUUUUUUUUUUCUCAAAGGCAAAGGUCUGUGUGUUGUUCUAUAUAAUGUUUGAUCCAGAGGAAGUAAAGGACUCACAAGAUCAUAAUUUGGGAAAUUUUUGAUAAAUACCAAAAUCCAUAAUUUAAAAAAAAAAAGAGAGAGAGAGAGAGAUAGAGAGAGAGAAAAUGGAUCCAACCUUGUACAAUGCUGCUAUGAAAGGCAAUACCAACGAUGGUAAUUUUUCACUUGCUGAAUAUCUGAAAAGGGAUGAAGAAAUUGGCUACCAAGUCACUCCAAAGGGAAACACUAUCAUCCACGUGGCAGCCCUCCGUUCCCACUCCGAUUUCGUGGAAGAAGUCCUUAAGAUUACUCCGGCGUUGUUAUGCCAUCAGAACAAGAGAAAUGAGACUGCACUUCACAUAGCAGCUAAUGAAGGCCACACUGAAGUAGUCCGCGUGCUACUUCGCAUAGCUGGUGAGAAGAAUUAUAAGGAGACACUCAUGAGGAUGACAAAUGAGAAUGGAGAUACAGCCCUGCACAAGGCCGUAAGGAGUGGAUACGUUGAUGUUGUCAAGAUCAUCUUGGAGAAAGAAGAGGAUCCUGAAUAUGAAUAUUCAGCCAACAAGACAGGGGAGACACCACUUUAUUUGGCAGCGGAGUCUGGUUUUCUUGAUAUUCUGCGUGAAAUCUUGGAAUCAUGCAAGAACCCAAAUUAUGCUGCAGGUCCAUUUGGUCGAACACCUCUGCACGCAGCAGUUGUUCACCAACACUCGGAUUGCGCAAGAUUACUAUGGCAACAGAACAAUUCUUUAUGUGAGGAACUAGACAAACGGGGUUGGAAUUCGCUGCACUAUGCUGUUAAACUUGGAUUGAAAGAAGUAGUUUCUGAUAUGCUGGGAUGGAAGAAAUCCUUAGCCUACCUUCCAGCAGGCAGUGAAAAUGACUGGACGACAACAAUUCACAUUGCAGCCAGCGAACUUGAUGACUUCUAUGCUCCGAACAUGCUAAUCGAGCUAUUACAGCACUGUCCUGAUUGCUGGGAAAUGCUUAACAGCAGGGGCCAAAAUGCUCUUCAUGUAGCCAUAAUGAACGAACAAGGAAUGUCACUUCUUACCUUGUUGGAGUCCGAAAAUUGGGGUAGCCUUGUCGAUGAGCCUGAUAAUGAUGGCAACACUCCUAUGCAUUUGCUUGCCUUUGGAAAGUACUUUAACAAGGACAGAAAAUUUUCGGCGUUGGUUUACAAGGAAGUGGGUGCCUGAUGAGUUAAGAAAGCAUCCCAAAGCAAAGAAAAUGACAUUUAACAAAGAUGACCAAACUCCGCUUGACAUACUUUCUCGCGCAGUCACAGAGAAAUCAAAACUGGAGGGGGAGUACGAUAACGUGUACCCUUUUGACUGUGGUCAAUUUGGACGACGUGGCUUCAAGAUAACAUCGCAG